AUGUCCCCUCCGAUCUCCAUGGGAUGGUUCUUACGUUUGGUUUCGUGCGAUGAUGGUGACGACGACAGAGAGCCCGAGCCAAUGGUCACGACGCGAGAAGCACAAAGAUCCCACUGGGAUGCUGCACCACCGCUACCUCUCAACCCUGAAGAUGACUUACCUCCGCCUCCCCCAUACGCGGUCUUCGAUCCUCACCCAGACGACUGUCAGUGCGCCAUUCAUGUUCACAAACCUCAUCCGAACCGGCCAAUUGUGGUCGAAGCGUUCCAGUCGCAAGGGUGUAGUUCUUGCCCUCCCACCAACACGUACCUCCUAUCAUUAUUGACUCAGGCCGAUCCAAACAUUCUCGUCCUCGACUACCACGUCACAUAUUGGGAUCAUCUUGGCUGGAAGGACAUUUUCGGUCUAAAGGAGGCAGACGUUUACCAGCGUGAAUAUGCUGAGGCGAAGGGCACGACAAGAGUGUAUACGCCACAGGUCGUGGUCAACGGGAUCUCCGAAGGAGUGGGAAAUUCAACCAGAAGGUUGGAGCGACUGAUCAAAAAUGGCGGACGACUGGCCAGCACGGAUUGGCCGUGGUUGAUAUUCUCCAGAGUAGAAACAGGUGUUCUCAUCAGAGAGGCCAGUGCUGUCGCUGCAGCUGCAGGAAGGAGAGGCAGGGUUCUUGAGGUCAUUUAUGACCCGAACUUGCUCGAGGUCGUGAUCCCCAGAGGCGAGAAUGCUGGCAAAGUCUUGCCACACCGCAAUGUUGUUAGGAGCAUCAAGGUCCUUGGCGAGUGGAGAGGAGGGAGAGGAGUGGUACCAGUGUCGCCUAUGAAUUCUGACGAUGGUUUGGAACGGGUUUUAAUUGUUCAAGAAGGAGUUGGUGGGCAGAUAAUCGGCGUUGCCCGGGUUCAGAAUUUGUAA